AUGGAAUUGUAUGGCAACUUCAAAGGCGGUGAGUGCGAAGCUUUUGGUUUGCCCAAAACCCACAAAGUCCUCUUCGCCGAAGUCGGAAAAGACUUCGUAGAUUUUCUAUUUCACAUCCUCUCUCUGCCUAUAGCCACUGUCAUAAAACUCCUCACCAAAAAUGGCAUGGUGGGCUGUCUCGGAAAUCUCUACUCAAGCAUAGAAAAACUCGAUGAAACUUACAUACAGCCCAACCAAAACAAGGGCAAAGUUCUGAACCCUAAACACCCAGCCUCCUCAGGAGCCCAGCUCCCUCUCCUUCUGUCUGAUACAGAAGCAGUGGCUUCUAACAAGAUCUACAUGUGCCCUGGCUACCACCGUAACGCCAGCCACGACCCACUUGCGGUGUGCCCUCAGUGCGACAAGUACAUGAACGUGGAGAUCAACUGCAUCGUUCCUGAUCUUUGUGAAGAGGUCUCGUCCGGUGGGGGUGGGUUUGUGAAAGGUUUGGUGACUUAUAUGGUGAUGGAUAAUCUUGUGGUGGAGCCCAUGUCUACCAUUUCUGGGAUCACUCUGCUCAGCAAAUUUAAUGUGAAAGAAGUUGGUGCCUUGGAGGAGAGGGUUGUCAAUAUCACCAUGGCUGAGGGGCUGAAGCUGCUCCAGGCGUCUUUGCAGUGUUCAACAGUGUUGACCACUGUCUUUGUUGGUAAGGCUGGAGCUUCCGCUUAG